AUGACUAAGCUCCAGGAAGCGGUGACAUUCAAGGACGUGGCUGUGGUCUUCAGUGAGGAGGAGCUGGGACUGCUGGACUCCGCCCAGAGGACACUGUACCGAGACGUGAUGCUGGAGACCUUCCAGAACCUGGUUUCUUUGGGACAUCAGCCCUUCAAGCCAGAUGUGAUCUCACAACUGGAGAGAGAGGAGAUGCUUUGGAUGAAGGGGCUUCAGACCGGAAGAGGCCGGUGUUCAGGAGGCAGGAAUCAAAAUGAGAUGGAGACUCUUCGAGAAGCAGGAUUAAGGUGCCUCUCAUUGGGAGAGCUUUCAUGCUGGCGAAUCAGGGGACAGAUGAGCAAAUUCACUCGAAGUCAAGUCUCCAUGAUGGAUACUCAAGGGACGAAUGCCCAGCCCCCCAGGCAGCUUGAGUCUCCCUCCCAAGGGAGGCUGGGAGCUGCUGAAGGUGUCUGCUACAUAGUGAGUCUUUCAGGGGCUGAUACAAGUGUCAAAGAUGAAGACUCUCCGGCUGAGAGAAUUCAGAAUUCUUGGAGUAAAAUAUAUCUGAGUGAGACCCGGAAUUACCAAGGAAGUUGUAAGCACCCUCAGAUGAAAACCAAAUUAUGUGUGUUUGCUCCAUGCGUUGACAUUUUCAAUCGCAUUUCCCACCAUCGUGACCCUAGAGUGUUCCAAAGAACUAAGGCUUAUGGAGACAAUAAUUAUGGCAAAGACGUCUUAAAGCUAUCAUCUCUUACCCCGCGCAGUACAGUUCUCACAGGACAGAAGACUUACCAGUGUAAUGAACAUGAAGAUGCCUUCAGUGACCGCUCCAGCCUUGAACUUCAUCAGCAGGAACACUUGGGAAAGAAAUCCCCUUCAUGUAGUACACUUGGAAAGCGUAGAUAUGGCUCAGGAAUUCCAAAUCAACAAAGUGUUAAGAACAAAGGGAAAAAACGCUAUUGGUGUCAUGAGUGUGGUAAGGGUUUCAGUCAGAGCUCAAACCUGCAAACUCAUCAGAGAGUGCACACUGGAGAGAAGCCUUAUACGUGCCACGAGUGUGGGAAGAGCUUCAAUCAGAGCUCCCACCUUUACGCCCAUCUUCCCAUUCAUACAGGAGAGAAACCUUACACAUGUGAGAGUUGUGGGAAAGGCUUCAGCCGGAGCACAGACCUUAACAUUCACUGCAGAGUCCACACUGGAGAGAAGCCUUACAAAUGUGUGGUGUGUGAGAAAGGCUUCACUCAGAGAUCCCAUCUCCAAGCCCAUCAACGAAUUCACACUGGAGAGAAACCAUAUAAAUGUGGGGAUUGUGGGAAACGCUUCAGCUGUAGCUCCAAUCUACACACCCAUCAGAGAGUCCACACUGAAGAGAAACCAUACAAGUGUGAUGAAUGCGGUAAGUGCUUUAGUCUCAGCUUUAAUCUUCAUAGUCACCAGCGGGUCCACACGGGAGAGAAGCCCUAUAAAUGUGAAGAGUGUGGCAAGGGUUUCAGUUCGGCCUCAAGUUUCCAGAGCCAUCAGCGAGUCCACACCGGAGAGAAGCCAUUUCGAUGCAAUGAAUGUGGGAAGGGUUUCAGCCAGGCCUCAAACCUCCAAGCUCAUCAGAGCGUCCACACUGGGGAGAAACCAUUCAAGUGUGAUGCAUGUCAGAAACGAUUCAGCCAAGCCUCACAUCUUCAAGCCCAUCAGCGAGUCCAUACCGGAGAGAAACCGUAUAAAUGUGAUACCUGUGGUAAGGCCUUCAGCCAGAGAUCCAAUCUUCAGGUCCAUCAGAUAAUCCACACUGGAGAGAAGCCAUUUAAGUGCGAGGCGUGUGGGAAAGAGUUCAGUUGGAGUGCGGGUCUCAGUGCUCAUCAGAGAGUGCACACAGGAGAGAAACCAUAUACAUGUCAGCAGUGUGGGAAGGGCUUCAGUCAGGCCUCACACUUCCACACACAUCGGAGGGUCCACACUGGAGAGAAGCCAUACAUAUGUGACGUCUGUUGUAAGGGUUUCAGUCAGAGAUCACACCUUGUAUACCACCAGCGAGUCCACACUGGAGGAACUCUAUAG